AUGCCAAACGAACCUCAGGAUUAUGUAGAGCUAUUGGAUAUUUGUGGAAAUCAAAAUAAAUAUAGAGAAUAUAUAACUUUUGGCUACUAUAUUUACUCGGUAGCCGAUGUUCAAGAAAAUACAGCAUUUUUAGAGAAAGAUGAAUAUAGUUUAUAUUUAGUAAAGAAUGGAAACUAUUUAUUGGUUGCCCUUAAAACUAUACCCUUUAAUGUAAAUUUAUUGAAUAAUCUUAAAACCAUCUGUAAAGUAUUAUUUUAA